AUGGGUAAAUCACCAGGAAAAUGGAUCAAAACUGUUCUGUUUGGGAAGAAGUCAUCCAAAUCAAAUAUACCAAGAGGAAGAGAGAAGCUUGUUAAUCAAAAAGAAGCAGUUGUUGCUUCCAAGGUUUCAGAACCUGGUUUGGCUUUAAAGCCAACUACCAAUACUAUUCCCAGACACGAGGAAGAGCUGGAGCUGGAGAGUAGUAGAGAAGCAGAAAAUGUUUUGCCUGGGAAUCAAGAAAUUCACACGGUGGGACUUGUUCAUCAAGAUGCACCACUUGAUCCAGAAAUAUUGAGGCGGGAGGAAGCGGUUACGAAAGCACAGGCUGUUUUCAGGGGUUAUUUGGAGACUAGGUCUUCGGUUUGUUAA